AUGAAAUCCGAAACAUGUUUGCUUGGUGAUGGAGGCUCCAGUAGUCUCCUUCCGCCAAUAUACAUGCGUAAGAGAAUUGUAUUCAGAGCUGCACGUAACUCACAAAAUUUAAAGGAGGCCACGGCCGCAUCAUUGGGAGUCUCAGCGUCCGCAGCACCAGGAGCGACUGGUCCUCCUGUUUUGCAAGAAAAAAUAAUUUCAGGGUCAUGUCUGCCGCGCCCAGUUGGCCUUUCCAAUUUGGGGAAUACUUGCUUUUUAAACUCUGUACUUCAAUGCCUGAUGCAUGUUCCAGAAUUUUUUGAAAUUAUUAAUUCCUGCUCGUGUGCUUGUGAGGACCACAAAAAGAAGACCCUGUGGUGCAUUUCCUGCGAAAUGCAUCGCCUAGUUCAGAGGGCAAUUCUCUACUCUUCCUCCCAAUCAAAAAUGAGAAUAUCACCGUCUGGUAUAGUUGGAAAUAUUCAAAAGAUUUCCAAAAUAUUCCGGUAUGGUCGUCAAGAGGAUGCCCAUGAAUUUCUGUGUGUAUUUCUUGAUGCUCUGGAGAAAAAGUUUUCUUCACUAAAAUCCCUUACAGCGGGCACCUUUACUUCAAGGAUUGCUUGCAAAAGUUGCGGGGCAACCUCCGACUCGAAGGAACCAUUUGGCAACAUCAUAUCGCUUCAAGUGUCUUCGACCAUUGAACAAUCCCUUCAAAGGUUUACUCGCUCUGAGAGAUUAGAUGAAUUUUAUAAAUGCGGCACAUGUUCGUCGUUGGGCACAUCGACACGUAAAUUGUCAAUCUCCGAGCUGCCUUCGCUGCUUAUGUUUCACAUGAAGCGAUUUGCCCCCGGAUUUUCGGCCGGGAAAAUAACGAAACACAUCCAAUUCCCAGAAAUAUUAGAUAUCUCGCCAUUCGCCAUUGACUCGAAAGGGCACAAAUACACCCUUGCAGGUGUUAUUGUGCACUCGGGGUAUUCCACGUCAUCGGGACAUUACCAUGCAUGCGUCCGAAACCAAGGUCUAUGGUACGAAGUUGAUGAUGAAGAUGUCAGGCUUUUAAAAAACACAACAGUACUUUCGCAACAGGCCUAUAUUCUAUUUUAUAUUCCUCAGUCAGUUUCUCCGGUUUCGCCAAAAUCGGCACAUACCGACGCCAUCCUUAAGGAGGAGGAGGAGGAGGUUUCAGUUCUUUCAAAAGCAACUGCAACCAUAAAUGCACAUACAGCGUCCAGGAACCAAUAUGAUACGUCAUCUACUGUAGCAAAAUCGAUUCCGGGUGCUGUUGCACCAGUGCCCAUGCCGCAAACGAUUCCCAUUUCAAUUUCUUCCAACUCCAAGAAAUCUGUAAUUGAUAAUAUCAAAGACCUCACUUCCCAAUCCACUUUGAAGAGGUCUUUUGAUUAUUUUUCCAAACGAGACACUGAUCUCAGAUCACGCCCAGUGUUAGAUCACAAUGACACUCCUCUGGAUAUCCAUGAUGCCGAAUAUGAUGCGGGUCGGCUUCCAAAGAAGGGAAAAAAGAAAAGACAACUAGAUAACUCUUUUGGUACAAAUGUCUGCAAGGCAUCAUCUGGAGUGAUCCGCCAAAAGCCGUCAGUUCAAUUGAAAAGACAUGCUCAUAAAUUAAGACAAUCCAACAACACUUGGUGUACCAGUGCAAUUAUUUCAAAAUAA